UUUGUAGUGUCUAGCAAAAAAGAGAGCACGAUCAGGGAACAAAUUUUUUUGCAGGCCGGCUGCGACGUGAAGAAUAAGAUACUAGCCUCUGUCUUCGGUAGUUUUUUUUCUUCUGACGGGUCUGUAAUAUCAAUUCAUCAUCAGUGACGACGAGAAGACCUCUGAUCGCAGAACCUACAACUUGCUCUUCGAGUUGUUUUCUGCAAUCCUGCAUUGAAUUUGUGUUGCAAUAGUGAAGAAUCUAUCUGAAUCUUCUCGCAGAAAAAUACCGACCAAGAACCUCUGCAUGUCUACGUUGCACGUCGCACUUGCACAAUGCUUUUGUUACGAACUACGUCCGCACCAAGAGAUAGUUAGUACUCCACCCCACUGGGAUUUCGAAAUGAUAUCGCGCUACCCGGUUUCUCUUUUUCUUUCCCCAGCGACACAAAUACCAUACUGAUUCCACCAUCAUAGUGGGCGCUCUUUCAACGUAUUGUUCAUCCUGAUGACAUCAAUCGUGCUUUCAGUCAGAAUCAAUGUUGAAGAAAACCAAAACGCAGUAUAGCUUUUUUUUUCGGAGCAACGAAUAAAAGAAGACGAUAACAAGAAAGACUACUAGGGAACAAUAAAACAAGUGUAAAAAAAGUAGACCACCGGGCAAAAGAACAUUAUAUCACGAGGACCAAAGUUGAAGUUGAUAUCAAUCCGCAAGAAAACCGGGAAAGCUCAGCCUCGUCAGCCAUUGCGCAACGGCAACAGCGAAGAUAAGCAAACCAAAGCCAAAUAUAAACCAAAAUAGAACACGUAUCGCACCUACUUCAUUUCCAUACGACAGCACAACACAAGACAAAAAAUGGCCACCCCCAGCCAAGACAAGCGGAAGGGCAGCAAGGGCCUGAUGACCUCCCAGACGGCGACCUCCUCCAAAAAGCGGAAAAUGGACGAAGACAAUGCGGCUUUCAGGCCCAGCCUGAUAAGUUUCAUGCAGACCAGCAGUAGCAAAACGACCACGAAUAAAGAACCCGUUAAUAAAAAUAAUACCGCUUCAACAUCUAAUCGUCAAUCCCUCGCUAGCGCAACCACGGCGCCCAACACCGUGGAGCAGACGGGGAAGAAUAACAGGUCGAGUUCUUCGUCCUCGAGCGCGGUGUACGGUUUUCACACUGGGGGAAGCAGUGCCAGCGGGAAAAAGGGAAGUUUGAAAAAAGGUGGAGAUGGUGAGGAUAAUUCGGUGUUCCGCUCCGCAGAGCAGGAUGGAGAGAUUGAUACGGUAUUGUUGGUCAGUUUGUUGUAGUUGUUGUGUGAGUAAGCAUGACUGGUGUAGUGUAUUGUGCUUGUGCACCAUGUCCAUGACAGAAGAUAACAGCAGCUCGCACCACUACCAUGCUCAUGCAACAUUAGAAUGCAUGGCAAGCGUUUUCAACAAGGUGAAGGUUAUUGUUAUUGAUAGGCAACUACGCAACAAUCAGGUUCUCCACGACGCCCGCAGCGCGUUUGACAGCGAACAGAAGCAAGACAGCACCUACAAGAACGACAGCAGGCGGGCGAGUGAGCUGGUUGCGCCGCGGAACCUACUGGACGAGAUGGAAGAGGACGAGGAUAUCAAAAACGCCUCUUCCACCAACAAGUUCAAGACGGACAGCAAACACCAAACGAAGUUCAAAUCCGAAAAAACCCGCGCCCCGAGCACGCCGAAAAAGGGCGGCUCCCACACCGGUCUCGAUGACUCGCUCUUCAACUCGCCAGACAAGGAUUUGCUGGAGAAGAUGGAUCUCGAAGGGGAAGCGUUCGCGAACAGUCAAGAGUCGCUGGGGCCGAUGAUAUCAUCUUCAUCUUCUUCUACCGCCAAACAAGUAACUCGGGUAAGAAAAUUUUCCCUCGCCGGUUCCCCAUUGGAAACAACUGAGCACGAUGAGAACGGGUUGCGGAAGGUCUUGAAAACGCCGCAAGCGCCGAGGAAGCCCGGGUUCAAUAAGGGAAAAAAUGGUAAGAACAAGGACUCCACGGUGAUCGAUUUGGAGGAUUCGGAUGAUGAGGAGAUUGUUCUUUUCCAUGACGCGAACAAUAAAUCUCCAGACGAUUCAUCUUCUCCGGUCGACGACGACGACAACGAGCUUAUUCUCGACGACAUUAAUGAGAACAAUGGAGCUGCAGCAGUUGCAGUGCCUGUUCAACAUGUUGUCCAGCAACACAUGCAGAUCAACCUCUCCCCCCGGAACCUGAAUUUCGACUUUGCAGUGGUUGAGGAAGAGAAAAAUGAACCGGGCGCGAACGGCGCGGGCAACGAGCGGCCGAACCAGCGACGAAUGGCGAUGCAACGACAGGACUUGGAGCGGAUGAUAGACGAGGAGGAUCAAAUUAACGCCGGCGGUGUUCAUCAACUUCAACAGCAACAUCAUUUUCCAACGGCAGACACGGUAGCAAGCGCGAGACUACGAUUUUUGAUGGAGCAGCACGACGGAGUGAUGCCAGAAAGGAGUCAGCCAGCACCAGUUGAGGACGAGCUGAUUCAUCUCGCUGAUCAACAAGAUGAACAAACUCCAUCCGCCGCGAACCUGACCCGCGUGGCGCUCCAGGAGAGGAGGAACCAGAAAUUAGUGCAGCAACUGAAGAUUUUGAAAAGGGUAUGACAGUGCAUAACUCCCCCUCCCCCUCAUUUGUCAUGCAAAAAUCCAAACCUAGUUGCUACCCUGUGGCACUGAGUGCAUGACAAAUGAUAACUCCGGAAUCCCAAUAAACGGCACGACAUUUUUCGGCGCAUGAACUUGUCAUGCACAGGUUCCACAUGUACUGGUGUUUGUAUUGCUGUUCAUGCCAUACAAAUGAUGGGGAGGGGGGGUUGUGCACUCGCAUAAAGGGAGACGUCGGGGCGAACGGCCCGGGCGGUCAACAAGUUGCCGGAGGAACUGGAAAUAUUUUUGAAGAAGGCGAAGGACGUUGUCGUGGAUGAUUCGGUAUCCACGACAAAAGUAUCGUACUCGUAUUGUAAUCAUGCAUUACAAAUCCUGUUCUUAAGGCAAAUUAGCAUUACAAGUUUUAUUUGUAAUGCUGAGGAAAUUUGUAAUGCAUUUAUACGAGUGCGAUACUUUUGGAAUUCAUACUCGGGGAAGACGCAACUGGAAUUGAAUGAGAAGAUGAUGCGAAGCAUUAAUAGCACGGAGGAAGGUGCACUGUCAGCUGCGGGUAAAGAAAACAAAAAUCAGCAAUUCUUCUGGAUCAGCGGGAAGGAUAGCAUUGCGGCUCGGGCAGAGGAGGAGCAGGUAUAUUUAUUUCGGCCAUCUUGCAGCUUUGGAGCUAUGCAUAAGAAACAUCGUGAUCAAUGCGUUGCUCUGCAUGACAAAGAAGUAUAUAAAGAUAAACUUCUUAGUCUUACCAAAUUCGUAUCUGAUAUAAUUCUCAGCUCAAGCUCGUCCAUGCCUUCGAUACGGAUACCGCUUUUGGUCCGUCGAUCCAAAUUACGAGAGUACACAACUUCCCCUCCCCCUCGUUUAUAUGGCAUGACCAGCAAUACAGACUCAGACACCAGCUCAAGUGAAGCCUACGCAUGACAAAUCUGCACACACCAGAGUGUGGUGCUGUUUGUGGUUCCAAAAUUUGUCAUGCAAACUGUGACUACAGGCCAGAUUUGGAUUUGAUUUUUUUGCAUGACAAAUGAGGGGGAGUUGUGCACUCUCAUACAAAUCUCCCGCGCUACCCGCUGGUACCGCGCGAAGCGGCUGGGAUUAG